CUCUGGAGGUUUUUAAAAAGAGAUUGGACAGCCAUUUGUCUGAAAUAGUAUGAGGUUUCCUGCUUGAGUAGGGGGUUGGACUAGAAGACCUCCAAGGUCCCUUCCAACUCUGUUAUCCUGUUGUGUUCUGAAUGCAAAAGUGAGGGACCAGUACAUUGAGGUGGUUUGGUCAUACAAGGAAUGAAUGAGCAUCAAAAUACAAAACAACCAUAGGAAGGUUGAGCAAAUGGCUUGAGAGUCACUGAAAAUCAAGCUUUAAUAGAGCUGAGAAUUUUAAAGGACAAAAGGCAGCAUAAUCACUUGGAGUCUUCCUGUGAAAAUGUGAUGCACAUCUGGUUUGCUACCCUUUCCUUCUCAUUUUUUAAACCUCCUACUCUAGCCAAAAGAUCUGGGAUUCUCGGGUAAAUUUCCACCCAAGUAUUAACCAGAUCAGAUCUUAGCUUUUUUCCCAAAGGUGGUUAGAUGGUGCCACCUGGGGGAGGGGGAUAUCUAAAAACCAAGCAGUCCUUGGCCUCACAAUCCUGAUCCAUCACUGCCCGAUCCCUCACAAAGCAGAUGCCACUCAAAUUAGACCUAUCCAUCCAUACAUUUGUACAGGAGUUAAAGUCACAACUGUCUCCUUCCCCUCGCGGAAAAGCCCCAAAGAGGCGGAGGAAGGAUAAAACCCAUCCUCAAAGAUCAGCGCUGGGGAAGGGGGGGGGUCUUUUCACGCUUCUUUCCGGAGAGUAAAUAGGCAUAGGAUCCUGUGCGCCCUUCCGCGAGGUUGCGAGCGAGUUUAGCUUACCUCUCAGCUACACGCCCGCCUUUGCGCGUAGGAAAGCCGAGAGAGCAGCAUUCAAACGUUAAAACUAUAGGUGAACUCGCCACCGCCCGUUUCUUCCUCCCCGCGCGAUAUUAACCGAAGCAAGAAGAGCGAAGCAGAGUAUGUAAUCCGAACUUCUAAAUCCGGAUCUCCACUUGGUCCAGUCUUAAAUCAAUUAUCAGUUCAAACUUUUAAUUGAUGCGCUGCGGUUUACCUGAGGGGAUACAGGUUUUCAGCCUAAAAAGGAGACACGGCAUCCUGUUUCACACACACACACCCUGUUCUAGAGCCUGACCCAACUUUGAAUUUUAAAGGCAGCCGCGUCCAUAAAACCCACGGACAAACAGCAAUAUAAGUGGUUUGGUUUAACGUGUGGGUGAGAACAUGAGGCGUGAUGCUUCAGAAAUUAUCUUUCAUCACAAUGAGUAGGGAGAACCCAGUCAAUGUUGGUUUAUCCAUAAGACAUUAUUAGGCCGUGGCUCAGCGUGAUAAGUGAGCCUCACUAGCCACUUGAAGCGAGCAGAAAAAGCACUUGGCUCAGUCGCCAAUUUUCCUAGUUGUUACUUAAAAUCAAUGUGUGAUAUGGAUCCCUAAUGGUUAUUUUCCCCGCUCAAUUAUCUCCGAUUCUUGCAGACUGUCUGGUCAAAUCCCUGCGGUUUUCUUAGCAAGGGUUUUCAAAAUUUUGAAACACUAAUACUUCAUUACGUUGAUAUGCCGCCGGACUCCCAACCAUCCCUAGAGACUUACUAGUUAAGGGGUGAAUUCCCAAUUCCGAAUUUGAAAAAUCAACUGAGUUGCAUUCACGGCGUCCCAGCGCAGUCAGCGCUGUAGUGAUGGAAAGAAUCAGAGGGAUCCAUUCCCAUCUAAUCAGGAGAGAAUGCGAGACUUUUAAGACACCCCUUCUCGCCCACCUCCCAAUAUUUAACAGGAGCAACAGGUAACAUGGCCGGCGGCUUGGCUGUAAAAUCUAGACCAGGAGACAAAGGGGGACUUCUGAAAACCUGCAAACAAUUAUAAUGCGCGAUUGGUUUCUUUGAAUCGGGCGCUACAGUUGCACGACUCCGCCUUCCGGUCCCUGGGGCCGAUUUGCAAAGCCAACUUCAGACACCCUUCCUCCCCCGUUAGCCACUUUCGUCCGUGAGAUUAACAGCAUCUUCAUUAUUAAAAAAAAAAAAAAAGAUUAAUCUUCCAAUUGAGGGUUCAGGAGCGUGUGAACGCGCAGGUGCGCGUGCCAACCACCCCCACUCUAGCUGCUUUUGGAAACGAGGGCAGAGAUUUUUAAAAAGUGGUCGAGAUCCAUGUGCCCUACUCAAGCAUUACCCGGAGGGGCUGAGGGGGGCGGAAGGGAGGGGGACGCAUCGGUGCACUGCCUCCAUGCGAGGCCGAAAGUUAACAAAACGUUAACAUUCUUUCUUUUUUGCACCAGCCUCCGUUCUGAUAGCUCUUUCGGGAAAAUGUGCUCAGGAUUCAACGGUCCUUGCUAACUUACUUGGGAGUAAGCCCUAUCGGACUUAGCGAGAGGUGAAAGAAGUAAAAAAACUCCGUCCAGUCGAAAACCUACGGCGUUCUACUCUUAAGCAAAAAAAGGGGGGGGCGUGUCCAGAUACAAACCUUACUUAGCAAGAUUUACUUCCAAGUAGAGGAUUUAACUAAAAUCUGGACUUAAUUAGGACUUAACUAGAUAGCUAGCAAUGAAGGAGAUGGACGGUAUCCGAGAGAGAUAACACCGAUGUCUAGGUGAAGAUGCAUUCGUAUUAACAGCAGCGUUAUCUCUUUGGCAAAGUUAAUCCUCCUUAUUACGUUCGAUUAAAGUUAACAGCAAUGACACCAAUCUUCACAUUAAGAGAUAACAAAAAGCGGAUAAAAUAAGGGAAGAGUACUUAAUCCGUCGGGGAAAAAAGGACGCUACUUUAAGCAACGUAUUGACCGCCCCCUCCCCUCCCCGGCGAAGAGUUCGCGGUCGAAUUUUCGCGUCAAAAACUUUCCAGCAAACCCAGGGACCCCGAUAGAGGAGCUGUGGAUUGUAUCGUAUGCAAAUACGCAAGCUGACGUAAGAGAUCAUGUGGGUUUUGGUGUAGAUCACCACCACCGAUCGGAGAGAUUUUUUUUUUAUUUUUUUUUUUAAAUCCUACUGUAUGCCUUUUUUUUUUCCCCCUAGAAGGGGGCGAUUUGUAUAAGUGAAAGUCCCGGACAGUCUCCUCGGCGUUCUAGAACGCGCACCGAGAGUUCUAUUCGGGGGAAAGUUCUGCGUCUCAGCGUUCCAAAGCUUUGAUCACAGGUGUAAUGCAGACCACUUUGUAUGGUGGGUCACGACCAAAAGCCAUGGAUGGCACUAGACUCCUUUAGAGUCCAGCCUGGGAUUAUUCCUAGAAGUGCUAAAAGCUUUUAAGAGGGAACCUUUGGGACAGUUGCUUCCAAGGGCACUUCUACAGCGGUCAUGGCAAGCAAAAGGAAGUCAACAACUCCAUGUAUGGUACGAGCCUCUGGAGCUACGGAGUCCAGUGAUUCCAUGGACUGCAGUGCAGGAAAAGCACCUGGUGCUCCUAAGCAGGAUUUAGGUAAUAAUUUGACAGCCAGCAAGGAUGUUUUUGAGAACGACUGUGAAGUGAUCGAGGGGAAAUCAUCUCCAGCCAACCCAACCAGGAAAUCCCUUGGUGGUUACGAAUGUAAGUACUGCCCAUUCUCCACCCAGAACCUGAAUGAAUUCACGGAGCAUAUAGAUACGCAACACCCCAAUGUGAUUCUCAACCCCCUCUACGUAUGCUCUGAAUGUAACUUCACAACCAAAAAGUAUGACUCCUUAUCUGAGCAUAACACCAACCUCCAUCCAGGAGAAGUCAAUUUUAAGCUUAAGUUAAUCAAGCUCAACAAUCAGACUGUCUUAGAACAAUCCAUCGAGGUGACAGGCAACCCAGAUGUGGCUGAAACCCCUGACUAUGAAGGGGUAGGUGAUACAAACAAAGCAACACAGAUCAUUAACAUAGGAAAACUUAAAGGUGAGACCAAGAAAGCUUCUGUGGACAACCAUCUUGAUGGGAUUCCUCCAUUUCUUCCAGAGAUCACUGAGCCAAUUACAUGUAUUAAUGGAGCAGAUGUCCUCCAAGAUAUCCUGGCCCACGUGAUGCCCUCUGUACAGCUCCCGCCAAAUAUCAACCUAGUUCCCAAAGUCCCCGUUCCCCUGAAUAGUACCAAAUACAAUUCUGCACUAGACACUAAUUCUACCAUGAUCAGCUCCUUCAACAAGUUUCCGUAUCCUACACAAGCAGAAUUGUCAUGGCUGACGGCCGCCUCCAAGCACCCUGAAGAACAGAUUCGAAUUUGGUUUGCCACUCAACGUUUGAAGCACGGCAUCAGCUGGUCUCCUGAAGAGGUGGAAGAGGCAAGGAAGAAGAUGUUCAAUGGCACCAUCCAGCCAACACACCAGACGAUUGCUGUUCUCCCAGCUCAUGUUGCCACAGCCAAGAUGCCACAGCCACUGAUUCAGACAGCUGUGCCUUGUCAGAUACUCAGUCAGACCGGCCUAGUACUGACCCAAGUCUCAAACGGAUCAAACAUUCCCCCAAUUACCCUCGCUGUGGCAGCCAACCAGAGUCAGAAACGGGGUGUGCAGAACCAGCUGGCUGUCCCAGAAGCCAAACGUCAGCAUGUCAACCCAACAGAAUUCUUGCCCAAACAGAACGUGUCUGCUGCACCCAUAAGCACCGCAACAAUGCCACACUCUACUGUGCUGCCAACGUCAACCAGCGACCGCAAAAAAACCAAGGAACAGAUUGCGGCUCUGAAAGCAAGCUUCAUUGUCACCCAGUUUCCUGACGAUGCAGAAAUUUACAGGCUAAUUGAAGUCACUGGGCUCUCAAGGAGUGAGAUCAAGAAGUGGUUCAGUGACUAUCGUUACCGGAGUCAGCGGGGAAUUAGCCAUAUCACAAGUGAAUCUGUAGCCAAGGACCAUCUUGCGCUAGGAGGUAGCGUGCGGCAGGACCCCACCUAUCAUCCCUAUCCGGACUUCAUUUUCCAGCAGUUCAAAGGAAAAACUCAAAAACAAAUUGCAAUCCUUGAAGAAAGUUUCCUUAAAAACUCUUUUCCGACACAUAUUGAGUUGGAAAGACUUAGGACCGAUGCCAGGAUGACCAGAAAAGAGGUUGAAUGCUGGUUUGCUGAGCGGAGAAAACUUAGGGAUAAUAUGGAACAAGCUGUCUUAGACUCAAUGGGAUCAAGUAUAAAGAAUAAGGACCCAGUUGCUUCCAAUGGUGCAAUCAAUCAAACAGAGCAGGUCACCAUCUCCCAACCUCCAACCUCUUUGCCCAAGUGCUCCACAGCUUUUGCUCCAAGCAGUCAAGAGCAGGUCCGCUUACUGAAGAAUAUGUUUAUUAGAACUCAGUGGCCUUCUCCACAGGAGUAUGAUGAAUUGGCAGCUCAGACGGGACUCACCAGAACAGAAAUAGUCCGUUGGUUCAAGGAGAACAGGAGCUCACUAAGAAUGGGGACCUUAAAAUGGCUAGACCAACAUCAACAGCAGAGCGUCCUUGAUGGCUGUGCAGAAACUAAGGGUCCAAAGCCACCUGGGCCAAAGAAUAAUCAUGACGAAGUUCAGCUACCCAACAAGGAGAUCCAGAAAGUUGAGAAGCUAAGCGCAGAAAGUCCAGAACAGCCUGAUGCUCAGAUUAGUCAAAAUAGUCAGGGUGGUGAAGAAAAACCCAAUGCCAGUGGUGUAAAUUGGGUGCAGCUGACUAUAGAUGACGAUUCUGCUUCAGACUGCAUAGAGAGUUGGAACGAAACAGGACCUAAAAGCAAAACAGAUUUUGAUUCUGAAGGUAUAUCUGGUGAUAACGCUCACACCUAGACAGCAGGCCCUUGGGGUCCCCAGGCCUAAUGGCACAACCAGGCCUUGAUGAACUUCCAGAGAGACAAAAUGGAUGAAGCCGGCCUCGUUUCAAGACACCAUAAUGUGGGCACCAGAACUGAAGAGGCCCCGCUGCCUAGGGCCCGCCAAGUGUCACUCCCUAGUCGAUGGGACCUGCAGCAUGCCCUUUGCUGGGUUUGGUGAGAUGGGCAGAUAUAAUUGGGGAGAGGAAGUCCCUCAAGUAACUCAGUCCCAUGCCACGUAGGGCUUUAAAGAUCAAAAUUAGCACCUUGAAUUGGCCUUGGAAACAGACUGGCAUCCAAUGUCGCUAGCGAAGUGGGUGGAGGUAUAAUGUGUUCUUCAAGAAACACAUAUAACUGCCUGCGCUGCUUAUAUUCUGUACCAGAUGAAGCUUCUGGAUCCUCUUCUUCGUAUCUUCAAAUCUUUUGACUUGCGAUUUCUUAACUCUUUUGUGUGCACGUCCCAUUACAUGGCAAUAAGAAUGCAGUAAGUGUGUUGUUUGCAUAAAUGCAAUUUAGCCAAUUUGCACGCCAAGAAAGGGUGGGACUCCAACAUCGGAGACCGUGCUAGGCCUCCUUAUUGAACUGCCUACAGUAGGUCUGCUCAUAAAGCACCUGGAAUAAUAGAACAUGUUUGUAGAUUGCCCACCCUGCAUAUUAAUAUUAAGCUGCUGGAAAAACCAACUUUCCAGCUUGCUAUAACUUCCAGCUAAGCAUUUGCUUUUUCUCAUUCAUAGGCAUUUCAUUCAACUUUCUAGUCCUAUCUUUUGACUCUCGUGAGAGCACAUGGUUACUAAUCCUGCGAUCACAUAAGGUCUUCGGAAGUAGGAUAGUCACACGUUUGGACUCCAAAAUCACGGUCAAGAUGGAAGAAGAGAUCAUUUCUGGCUUAUUUGGAGAAGUUUCAUGAGCCAAAGUCCCACUUGGCGGAUUUUUCUAAAAAAAAAUAAUGAGGUCCUUGUAUAUAAGUUUGCCCUGUAGUGUGUUGCUUUCUCCGUUUCUUGAUGACUUUUUGUAUACUUAACAUUGCAGAAUUUUUUUUGUUUGCUACCUUUUUUGUUAAGCACAAUAGAUCACUGCUGUCUGAAAGCAAUGCUUCUUCCAAUCCAUUUCCUACAAAUUGGUAAAUUCCUGUCUGUAUCCUUGUGAUGAUUUGAAACCUUUUGGCCUACUGCAUUAAUUUCUACCACUAAAAAUGUACUAACUAUAAGCUUGGUGGAGUGGAUUGGAAUAGAAGUCAGGAGAGCGGGAAUUCUAGUUCUGCCCUAGGCACAAAACCAACUGGGUGACUUAGGGCCAGUCACGAUGUCUCUCUCUCAAUCUAAGAAGAAGAUACUGACAAGCUGCUUCUGACAAUGUUGCCAAGAAAACUGCGGGGACUUGUUCCUACAAUAUCAGGAAUCAGGGUGACUUGAUGGAUUAUGGCAACAAUUGUUUCGGUGGAAGUUGUAUUCAUCUCGUUUUGCACAUUUGUUCUUCUCAAACCAUUCAUCUCAUUCACAUUUUUACACGUUUGCUUUUUCCACUCAUUUUACACAUUUUGCUGGUGGCCAUUCUCUUUGCAUGGAAACUAAUCUUCGUCAGAUUAGGAGAACAAAUCCGUUAAUGCACCCAGUCAUUUACCAUUUGCCAAACAGUUGGACCCAGAACGCUAGAGAUGUCAAGUGCUAUUGCUUGAUGCAGGUGCUUUUCUACUAGUGGUAGUACAAUCUGAAACACAAAAAGACUUUGCAACAGAGGGCUCAAGCUUUAUACCUUAACUUGUUUUAUGGGGUGUUUUUUUGUUGGCAAGUUUUCAGCUUGAUUCUAUGUCUGAGUGCACUUUUAUUCUUCAGUCACUGCUGAGAAAAGAGGGAGAAAUAUUGAAUUAUGGCCUCUCUUUGAUAAAACAAUUUAAGUGACUUUUGCAGGGUUUGGAGAGAAUUGUUCCAUUUCCCUCCAAUACACCCUGCUUAAACUUAAUCCUAGAGAUUUUAAUUAAAGAGACUUUUCUAACAA